AUGGAUAAAGAGGCCGAGAAACAAGCUUUGCACAACCAGUUUGUCGCAGAGUUGCACGAGCAGGACCGAUGGCUACCGAUCAACAAUGUUGGAAGACUUAUGAAGAGCACGCUGCCAGCGUCAGCCAAAGUUUCGAAGGAUGCCAAAGAGUGCAUGCAAGAGUGCGUUUCCGAGUUCAUCUCUUUUGUCACAAGCGAAGCUAACGAUAGAUGCAGCCAGGACAAGCGCAAAACUAUCAACGGUGAAGAUAUCCUCACUUCGUUGAACGCGCUUGGUUUUGAAAAUUACGCCGAGGUGCUGAAGAUUUAUCUGGCAAAAUAUCGCCAGCAGCAAGCUCUUAAGAACCAGAUGACUUACAUGCGGCGUGAUGGCGUGUCUGAUGAAGGAGAGGGCGGGUCGCCCGACGAAGGAGGCAUGAGCGAGACCGCUGGCAACACUGAAGGCGGACAGCCUCCAGAACUCGAAAAUCAGUCACUUCCCACCGUUGAGAAUAAUACCGAGGCCGAGCAAACAAAUGAAAACGAGUAUAUUGAGCCUGAUAGCCAAUUGUACCUCUGA